AUGUCUUCCCCAAUUUCCAGCAAACGCAAGCGCGCCAAUUCCCAACACUUGUCAACAGCAGAUAUCGCCAAAUCAUCCACCACCGAUCUUCAACAACCAUCGUCACGCGAUGCCUCGGGCGAAGAAGGCGACGAUUCGACUGGUCCGGCCAUCCCGCCAGUUGUCAAGGCCACUACCAGCAACCACCCGUCAAAACGGGCUCGAAAAGCUUCAGUGAGCGAGGCACGAAAUGUUUCAUCUAAUGGUGACGCCGGAAAAGACUCUUCAAUUAGCAAAGAGGAUCCGGGUGAACCAUCUGAGACUACACCGGCAAGCAGUGACAUCGAGGGCCACAUCAGAGAUCGACCGGACCUGCACGUGGACACCGUUCGUGAGCAGGAGUUAAUGAAGCCUCCCGUCCUCGGUCAAGUACAGGAUCCUGCUGGUGGAUAUAAGACCAACCCGCCUCCAGAGGACCGUCCGGUUCGGGUGUAUGCAGAUGGUGUGUUUGAUCUGUUCCAUGUGGGUCAUAUGCGGCAACUCGAACAGGCUAAAAAGGCUUUCCCGGAUGUGUAUCUUAUAGUUGGUGUUACUGGAGACGACGAGACUCACCUGCGGAAAGGUCUCACGGUUUUGAGCGGGGCGGAGCGGGCGGAAAGUGUUCGACACUGUAAAUGGGUUGAUGAGGUCUACCCUAACUGCCCGUGGAUUGUCACCCCAGACUUCAUCGAUGAACAUCAAAUCGACUACGUUGCACACGACGACUUGCCGUAUGGAGCCGCGGAAGGAGACGAUAUUUAUGCUCCUAUCAAGGCACAAGGGAAGUUCCUCGUUACUCAGCGGACAGAGGGUGUCAGCACAACUGGUGUUAUCACGAGAAUCGUCCGCGACUACGACCGUUAUAUCUCGCGGCAAUUCAAGCGUGGAGCGUCCAGACAGGAGUUGAACGUGUCGUGGUUGAAGAAGAACGAAUUGGAAAUCAAGCGACAUGUCUCAGAGCUCCGGGACAGCAUCAUGACCAAUUGGACAAACACUGGCCAGGAGCUGAGCCGGGAGUUGCGGCAACUGUGGAAUUCGCGGCCCAACAGCCCGGCUCCAAGUGCAAGGAACAGUAUGGACUUUGGAAGCCCACGCGGCGUCGUCAGCCCUACAGGCGGCAGCAAGUCACAUGUUUCUCGCGUCGAAGCCUUGGGUCGCCCAGAAAGCAUCAAUGGGAGGGGAGAGCCAGACUUCGCAACAGGUUACAGCUUGGGGCUGAUCGGAGGGGUUAGGGCAUGGAUGCGUAGUCGCCGAUCUCUCGUUGAAAGCCGAGCCCAGUCGCCAACCAGCGAAGAAGAACACGAAUCUGAGCAGGAGCGCAUCAAUGGCUUCACAGGGCCAGCCCAUCAAAGAGAGUAA